AUGCGUAUCCAAGCGCGCUUCGCAUUGGAGCACAGAUGUCGUGUGGCUUUGCCCGGCCGUGGCACGAUAGACAACCCGCCGCUGCCCGCCGUCAGCCUAGGUCUGGCCACGAUAUCUGCCCUCGCUCACGCAACUGAGAUGCUCGAAGGUGCUGCAAGCUGUCUGCAAUGUUCCGAACUAUCAAAUCCGCCACACUCCGCUUCCGACGACGAGCAGCACAACGCCACCUUCGAGUCCGCCGAUGCCGGCUCCUCGCUGACCUUCCCCAUGCAGUGCUCUGCUCUGCGUAAGAACGGUCACGUCGUCAUCAAGGGCCGCCCCUGCAAGAUCAUCGACAUGUCCACCUCGAAGACCGGCAAGCACGGUCACGCCAAGGUCCACCUUGUCGCCACCGACAUCUUCACCUCGAAGAAGUACGAGGACAUCUCGCCCUCGACCCACAACAUGGACGUCCCCAACGUCUCCCGUAACGAGUUCCAGCUCGUCAACAUUGACGACGGCUACCUCAACCUCAUGACCAACGACGGUGACACCAAGGACGACGUCCGUGUCCCCGACGGUGAGCUCGGUGAGCAGAUCCAGGCCGCCUUCGACGACGGCAAGGACCUCAUGGUCACCAUCGUCUCCGCUAUGGGCGAGGAGCACUGCCUCUCGUUCAAGGACGCUCCCCAGGGCAAGUAA